AGUCGGGAGAGAAGGGAGCGGAGUCAGUGUGUGUGUGUGGGGCACGGAGCCAGUGUGUGUGUGUGGGGCACGGAGCCAGUGUGUGUGUGGGGCACGGAGCGGAGCAACACAUACCGGGAUAGGAGGCUUGGGUGCCCGCAGUACUGCCGCUGAGACGCAAGGGCCCCCCGGGAACCGAGCUAGAGAAGGAGGGAGCCCAACUGAGAGGGAAGGUUGCUAAUUGGAGCCGCAGGAUGUAUCGCCUUUGCUCUGUACUGUUGCUGCUGUGCCCAGUUUUGCAGGCACAGGAGAUAAAUGUCAACGAGAAGGUAACUGGCACCUUGGGGCAGCAAAUAACUCUGCCCUGCACAUUUAACAACAAUGGUGUUGAUAUGCAAGUGACUCAGAUAAUGUGGAUGAAAGAUAGCACAAACCUUGCUACCUACAGCCCCCAGUUUGGCAUCCAUGUGCAGAACAAGAAUGAUUUCAAUCUGACUGCCAGCCCAAGCAGUGCCACGCUCCUUAUCAAGUUGCUGCGGGCUUCUGAUGAAGGAAACUAUAUCUGUGAGGUCACCACCUUUCCAGGCGGCAACCGUAGGGGCAUUACAUAUCUCAGUGUGAAAGCUGAACCAAGAAACUCAGCUGAAGCUCUUCCUGUAAUUGCCGGCGACAUAGAGGUUCCGGUGGCAAAAUGUGCAUCAGCCAAUGGCAGGCCUCCAUCCCAGAUCACUUGGAGAUCAACACUCCCAGGCAAUUUUGAUACCACAAUGAAUAAUAACACAGAUGGUACAUACACGGUGGUCAGCAACUACAAGCUCGUCCCAACCUGGACUGCUGACAAGCAAGAAGUCAUCUGCAUUAUUUCCUACGAUUCCAAGGAGUCUGUGAUUCCCAUCACCCUGUCCAUACAAUACAGCCCAAUUGUCACUAUUGAAGGAUACGAUAACAACUGGUAUCUGAAACGGCUCGGGGCCUCGCUUACCUGCAAUGCUCAUGGGAACCCCCAACCUACAGUAUACACCUGGAAAACGGCCGACGGCUCGCCGCUCCCUAACACGGUGAAAGCUAAAGAUAAUGUGCUGUAUGUGGAUGAAGUGGACGAGCGAGUGAAUACGACCAUAGUCUGCGAGGUGACAAAUGCCCUUGGGAGCCGAGCAUCCCACCAGGAGGUGCUAGUGAGAGAUAAACCAAACACGUCUGGAGCAGGGGCCACCGGUGGAAUAAUUGGAGGAAUCAUUGCAGCCAUCGUGGGUAUAGCUGUUAUUACUACAGUGAUAAUGAUUUGUCGACAACAACGCAAGAACCAAACGGCCGAAGAUGAUGACCUUGAGGGACCUCCCGCAUAUAAACCUCCUCCUCCAUCUGUAAAGAUGCAAGAAGAAAAGUUUCCUCCAAUCCAAGGUGAAGAGAUGCUUCCGCUCAAGGCUCCUCUGGAUCAUACAGACACCAUGGAAGAUCCUGAAAUGACACCCCCUAAGUACUGGUCACCCACUGGAUCACAGAACACUGCAACACUAGAGGAUGACUACCUUGAACAAAUCAAUCCUAUAUACAGCGAACUGUCUAUACCAGAAUCUGGUUCCCAUAGAGAUGACCAAGGCUUUGUGAUGUCUCCUGCUGUCUACGUAUGAAAUGCAAGAAGCCAGCACCCGGACUAAGCUAUGUCACUAAGGCAAAAGCAACAAAUCGACUUGUGACAUGGAACCAUCUUACUGCAGCGCUGCUUUAUUUAGUCUUAAACGUGCUACCACGUGCUGUGAGCAUUGGGUUUCUUUGCACACAGUGCCGUUAGAUCUACAGUCGCAUUAGCAGUGCUGUUAGGUAUGAACUUGUUUAUAUGGAUUCAGUGUUCUGUGGCUUUGUAAGAGAUCACUCUGUGAAUGUGGCUCUAUGGGAUGUGGGUUAUUUGCCCACAAUGCUGGGUUAGACAGGUUUAUAGAUGCCUAUCCUUACUGGCAGGGAUGUGGCGCUACGAAUCUGUAAAGUCCGGGCACUUAUUUUUUGAAAGGGAACACUCCAACUAUAGCAGAAGCCUGUGAAUUCUUCUCUGCUACUUUGUUGCUUUUGCAGUUUUUGUUCAUGUAUAGAUGGGAAGCCACUGAGGGAAGAGAUGCUGCAAACUGCUAUGUUCUUUUAAUCACUGUUAUUCCUGUUCUGUAUGCUUUUACACUUUUACACCUGUCAAUGAAUAACACAAGGAAAUCAAAAGCUUUUUUUAAAAAAAAUUGACGGGUUAAUUUGAAAAUGUUUUUUCCUAAAACCAAAACCCCAGAAAACUAUUUGCCAUUGUGUCUGUUCUUCUGCAUAGUUAUGAUUUGUACACAAUCGCUUGAUUCCUCUAACUCACCUUUUGUGUCAUGUACAUUGUGGGUGUUGGAAGUGCCUGGUGUGCAACUGGGCGCACUUAUGAUGUUGCCAGGAUUUGGGCUGGCCAGAAGGUCGGCAGUGGGAAAGAUAAGGCCUAAUGGCUGCUGCAUAUGAAACUCCUAUGCAGGUUAGCAUACAAUAUGAUAAAUAGUCCUGAUAAAGCAAUUAUAUAAAAACAGCAUUUCAGUUUUGUUACAUGGAGCUCUGUGAAGUUUGGGUUUAUGUACAGACAAUACUGCUACAUAUGAUUCAGAGUAAACCCUAGAUUGACUCACAGACUCAUAUGAUGAAUUGAUUCCUAUACAAGCAGCAGUGGGAGAUUUCACCGUAGACACACAGCACUUUGAGUUAUAGAUUUGCACUCAGGACAGCGCAGUAUAAGAGUUCUGUAAGAAAGCUUUUUUAAAUGUAGAUGUACAGGCAAUAUGUAAUUUUGCAGGAGGAUACCAUAUGUGUCUUUAUAUGCCUAUAAAUUGUUGUGCUGCAGAAGGGUACUGAAUGUGUCCUGGUAAGCCUAUGCACUGAAAUGCUGUGAGAGGGUAUAAAUGUGAGUGUGUCCUGGUAUGUCUAUGGGUUGUUAUACAGAGGGAUGAUAUUGAAUGGGUCCUGGUAUGUCUAUGGGCUGUUAUACAGAGGGAUGAUACUGAAUGGGUCCAGGUAUGUCUAUGGGUUGUCAUGCAGAGGGAUGAUACUGAUUGUGUCCUGGUAUGUCUAUGGGUUGUUAUACAGAGGGAUGAUACUGAAUGGGUCCUGGUAUGUCUAUGGGUUGUUAUACAGAGGGAUGAUACUGAAUGGGUCCUAGUAUGUCUAUGGGUUGUUAUGCAGAGUGAUGAUACUGAAUGUGUCCUGGUAUGUCUAUGGGUUGUUAUACAGAGGGAUGAUGCUGAAUGUGUCCUGGUAUGUCUAUGGGUUGUUAUACAGAGGGAUGAUACUGAAUGUGCCCUGGUAUGUCUAUGGGUUGUUAUACAGAGGGAUGAUACUGAAUGUGCCCUGGUAUGUCUAUGGGUUGUUAAGCUGUAGGAUGAUACUAAAUGGGUACUGUUGAGCCUGUAAGGGGGGGAUGAUGAGCGGGUUCGUUACAAGUCUUGUGCUAGUACUGUGAUUGGGCACUACAAUUCUUUUUACAGCUGUGAACUUGCUUUCUAUUUUUGAUAAAUCAAAAUUAAAGUUUUGUGGAUUUUUUUUCAUA